AUGUGCAGUUUCCUCCGUGAGCUCCGACAACGACAAUCCCUCGACGUGAAGGACGCGAUCGGAGCGAGCGGGGAUCCGAACGCCCGAGUUUGCAGAUACAAAUUCACGUAUUUUAUUUGUGGAAUGCGUUCUUCCAGUGCCCGACCGUCCUUUCGAUGUCGUGUUCGUCGAUCAGGCCUCUCCGACUCCUGCGGGAACGCCGAUUCCGUCGUCGACGGCAACAGACUCAGUUUAGUCUCGGAGGUACUGGAGGUACCGGAGGUACUGGAGGUGCCGGAGGUACUGGAGGUGCCGGAGGUACUGGAGGUACCGGAGGUACUGGAGGUGCCGGAGGUACCGUUUUGCAGCGUGAUUACCUCUCCAAACGCUUUAGAUUCCUCUCGGAAACAGGGUUGCAUCUCCCAAUUUUCCAGCCUGUGCGGGCACGAGAGCCAGCUGAGGAGCCCGGUGCAGAUGGGGCGGACCCUCGAAGCCCAACUCGCCGCCUUCGGACCCACGAGUUCCUCGCCGAAGAUCCGAUGCCUCGUGUCCUGCGCCAGGGCCAACGCCCUCGAGCCCCAGCCCUUCCUCGACGAUGCAGGUCUGCCGCUCAUCGCUCGACUGGGAAUGAAAUGA